AAACAUGUCCCAUAUAUCUAUCUUCCUUCUCUUCCUCUCUCUCUCUCCCUCCUUCUCCUUCAUUCAUCAUACCAAGAACUAUCAAAUAUCAAUAGCUAUACUAGAAACAUAUUUACAUUUUCAAUUACAGUACCAUCAUUCAGAUUGCCAUUCACGACUUCUACCUAAUCCAUAAUCAAGCCUUCGUAUCUUACAUAUUCCUUCUUUAUCUUUCUUAUCCGGAUAUCAACAUCGGAUAUCAGCCUCGCCUCACCUCACCCUCAUCUGACUCACUCACCGAGCACAUUCUCCUUUCAUUCAACUGAACCUUUGUAUUUUGAUUCAAAGGACUAAUAAUCCAAGUUACAACUUCACAUACAUACAUACAUACAGCCUUCCUGCUAUUCACCACUUAAUUGUGUUUUGAUUCGCAGUUUCUGAUCUUGGAACGUGUGACUCUAUUUCCCCGUGCCGCAACUACUCGUUACAGUCAUCCGGUCAAAGUCUGAAUCAUCUUAUUCACGAACCUUCUACUUUACUCUUUAAUAAACCUUUAUUUCUCUUUUAAUAAAUUUGCCUCUACGAACAUCCUACGAAUCUUCUACAAGGUGUUAAAUUCUUUGAAAUCAAAGACUAGAAACGAUACAAUACAAUACCCUACCCUACAAUACGAUAAGUACGUGACCGGAACAGAAAGGAAGACACCCCUAUAUCUAUUUUAAGGAAUAAGUCAACACAAAGAAAGCUUGACCGCCACGUUUUUCUCUAUCUUGGCCUCGUCUCUUAUUGCAAGAAACUUCUCUCAAUAAACAUUCCAAUCUUGCAACUUUGCGCCAUACAAAUCCAUCAACCAAGAACAAGAAAGACGUACAACAUGUCUGCCAUUGCAUCUAACACUCCAAGCUCUCCUAUUCAACACCGAGACAUUCGCUCUGAGGCCCAAGCCUUCAAACGUGAUAAGGAUCACUCCCAGAAAUGGGUUAUGGGGGUUCGCCCACUAGCUGGCGCGAACAAGACUUUCAUAGAUUUGACUGAUGGUCCUAGCGAUGCAUCUGCUAAGGGAAAGGAGAAGGUUAGACCUCAAAAGUUAUGGAGUCAAGUUGGUAGCUCCGACCGACAUUACCGGAACAGUUCCAAUGCUCCUUCAAAACCAUCCGGGUCCCCAUCUUACAAUCAUGGUCUUACUUCUUCUUCCCGUAUCGCCCGCAAGAUCGAUGCCCAUGUCGAGGCUGCAGAUAAGACUUCCCAUCCUCUCUCUAGAUCUCUGCUCGAUCUUCUUCCUACACAUUACAAUAACACAUCUCCAUCUGUCUCUACGGCAAUCAUGAAUACUGGUGACGAAGGUGUUCUUUACUCUUUUGAUAGAACAGGCACACCAAGUAACAGAGUGGACUUGGGUGGGCUGGUAGACCUUGCGGAGCAAAGAUGGGUCAAUGAACAAACCGAGAAGAUUGUUAGGGGUGAAUAUGAGGUUUUGGAUGCAGAAGGAGAGACAGUUCUUCAAAGACAAAGAGGCAGAAAGAGUCCCAGAUCCAAGGCUCUUUCUCGUACUCGGGGAGACUCGAAGGCUAAAUCUCAUAAAUCAGAACCACUUGAGGAUGAUGGAUUUGAACUUAUCUAAUCUCGAAUCCCGGCAUGAGUCUGGAAGAUCAUGAUCUCUAGUUGAUCGUUAUGGUUACCCCAGCAUUGUAUUCUCGUACAGCACAUCCUGCAUUGAGCCACAGGCAUUCGGAGUUAUUUGUUAUCUUUUCCUUCUUUACAUCUGGCAUUUGGCGCGCACACAAGCAUAGGAUACCGGCAGGCAGCUUACUCUGGAGUUUUUGGUACACAGAGAAGGAUAGCUAGCCUUUUAUUUUUAGUUUCAGUUUCUGCACAGGCAUUGAUAGAUUGGCCUGAGGUCUGAUUUUUGUCUCUUAUCCGGGUGCAUUAUGGUUAUUGAGGUUUGCGCGGGGCAUAGCAUGGAUAGCUUACCGGUCUAGGGAUUGGGAGGAUAGCUUGGUGCUUAGAUAACCCUUUUAUCAGGCUUUUUAAUGAGUUUUGGGUUUGAUGGUGUGUACAGCAGGAAUGAGUGGGAUGGUCGAUACACUGGGUAGUUGAUCUCAAUAGUGUUGAUAAGGAUGAGGUGUUAUACACGCGGAAAUCGCAAUAAUGAUUCAUACCUAUUACCCACCAGACUUCACUUUAGACUUCUUGCGCUAUGUUUGUGACUUUCCCACUCUAUGAUUUACUAUGCUUUUUCGCCCAGUGGUGAUGAUGGCUCACAUCGAGC